AUGAGUAGUGUUGGAGCUUUUGCACCAAGAACUUCAUACAAAUGGUGUAAAAGUUUUGUUAAAGAUGAUUUUGAUAUGUUUGUUGCUGAUCGACGUGGUGGUAAAAGAGGUGACUGCUUUUGGGAUCAAUAUCCAAAUAUUCGAGAGGAAGCUUAUGGAUUUGCAGCUCAGGCUUGUGGACGAAAAGCUGCAUCGUUUUCUGCGGAGGAGCUAUCUCGUUUUAUCAAUGAUUAUUAUUGUGAAAUCACAAAAUGUUCAAAGCAGAACUCAGGCUAUGUUCGUUGUGUGGAAAUUAUGAAGCAUAAAGAAGCAUUAAAUAAAUAUCCAGAACUUGAAGAUAACAACGGUAUAAAUUAUGAAAAGAAUUCUGCCACAGUUUCGAUUGCCAUUGGUAUUAAAGGAUACUUUACUAAUGAAGUUAUUUUAAGUCAAUUUACACGAAUUUGUAAACUUCUUCCACACAAAACGGAAUACAAAGGACACAAGUUUGUGAUUUUGGUGGAUAAUGCUACCACUCAUACAGCAAAAUUUUAUUCAGUAAACGAUUUUGGGAAAAGAGAGAAUACUCGUUGCCCUGUUGAUGUUGUUGAGUGGGAAGAUAAAGAUGGUAAAUUGCAUGAAAUUGAUUGUUAUUAUCCACCUAAUGUAAAGAAUGGAUGCUCGAAAGGCUUGCUUGUCCUGGCACGUGAACUAAGAUUCAAAGUUGAUGAGAAAAUCAAAUUAGAUCGUUUGAAAGAACUGCUGUCCACUCAAUCAGCAUUCCAAAAGGUAGUUGUGUCCAUCAGUUGUGUUUUCACAACUAAACUCGAACGACUUACUAAUUCAUUUGGUGUUUUUGUUCUUGCCAAAAUACCAUUGUGA